UUUAAAACUACACAAAUAAAAUUUAUCUGGAAUCACUGGCGCCGGUUUUUCAACGAAAUUGCGUCAGAAUCAUUUAUUGACGUUUCCAAACCACGUGUUUGAUUGUUUUGGUCUGUGUUUUUGUAGUAAUACACAUUGGUUUGUGGGUGAAAUAUAAAAUACAAGGUUAGCUGCUGUUAAUGGAAAAAUGAAGCUCCUCAACAUAGGAAGCAGAUGUUUCAAACAAUGUCGUUUUCAAAGACAAAGAUUUGCUUCCACAUCUGUGCAUUAUAAACCUGGAGAUGUAAUUCAUGAUUAUAAAGUUAAACAGGUUGAAGAUGUUCCAGAGUUCUCCAUGACAGCUGUUCUAUUACAUCAUAAUGUAACAGGAAGUGAACAUUUACAUCUUGCAAGAGACGAUAAAAACAAUGUUUUUAAUGUGUCACUUCGUACAACCCCAAUGAACAGUACAGGUGUAGCUCAUGUAUUGGAACACGUAGCUUUGUGUGGUUCCGACAGAUUCCCGGUUCGUGAUCCUUUCUUUAAAAUGUUGGAUCGAUCAAUGUCGACUUUUAUGAACGCAAUGACAGGAUCUGAUUAUACGAUGUAUCCGUUCUCAACACAAAACCAAACUGACUUCCGAAACUUAAUGUCCGUUUACCUCGACUCUGUUUUCUUCCCAAGAAUAAAAAAACUUGACUUUCUACAGGAAGGCUGGCGACUUGAACACGAGAAAAAGGACGAUAAAUUUUCCCCGAUCGUGUUUAAAGGGGUUGUGUUUAAUGAGAUGAAAGGCGUGAUGGCUGAUCCAUCGUAUUUAUACGGCACAACUUUACUAAGCAAGUUACUACCUGACCACACAUAUGGUGUAUGUAGUGGUGGGGACCCUGCCCAUAUACCUAACUUAACAUGGGAGGAUUUAAAGCAGUUUCAUGCAAGUCACUAUCACCCUAGUAAUGCAAGGUUCAUCACUUAUGGAGACAUGAAGUUGGAUGAACACUUGGGGAUCAUUAAUGACAAAGUGAUGAAGAAGUUCACCAUUAUUGAUCCCGGCACUGCGGUCCCGUUGCAACCAAAGUGGGACCAACCAAGAUCCCAUACAAUGCAUUGUGCUCCUAAUGAGAUGGCUGCAAACCCUGAUAAACAAACUACUUAUUCAAAAAGUUACCUUCUACAUGAAGUCUCGGACAUAUUUGAAACGUUUUCCGCUUCGGUGAUUUCAACAUUGUUAAUUGACGGUCCAACAUCGCCAUUCUAUAGAAAUCUUAUAGAAUCAGGAAUUGGGUCGGACUAUUCACCCAUGACAGGUUACCACAACUACCAGAAGGAAGCAACAUUUAGUGUUGGUUUGCAAGGUAUUAGUGAUGGUGAUGUCACCAAGGUUGAUCAACUUAUUCAAGAUACUUUCAUGGAAGCUGCCAAAAAUGGAUUUUCAAAAGAGCGAAUAGAAGCGAUAUUACACCGUGUUGAGCUGCAAUACAAACAUCAAAGCUCAAGAUUUGGACUUGGGUUAACUUUUAGUCUUAUGCCAGUGUGGCAGCAUGGUACAGAUCCUGUGGACUCCUUGAAAAUGGAAGAAAUUGUGAACAAAUUUCGGCAAAAACUUGAUUCGGACGAUAAAUUUCUCCAAAAGAAAUGUGAAGAGUAUUUUGUGAACAACAAGCAUCAUCUUAACCUUACUAUGACCCCUGAUCCUGGUUACAAAGUAUCUUUAGAGAAAAGUGAGGAAGAACAAUUACAAAGUAUGUUGGGAAAACUUAGUGAGAAGGAUAAAUCACAAGUGUAUGAAGAGGGGCUUGAGUUGUCCAAUGUCCAACAGCAAGAAGAAGAUAUUUCAUGUCUUCCUACAUUACAUGUGGAUGAUAUUCCAAGGAAGCAACAAAACUACGGUCUUAUUGUGCAGAGAAUAAAAAACGACCUACCAUUGAUAACAUGUGGCCAACCAACGAAUGGGGUGUCUUACUUUAACGCUGUGCUACCAGUAAAUGGAUUAAAUGAAGAUCUCAAGAUGUUUCUUCCUUUGUUUUGUGAUGUAUUUACUCAAAUGGGGACGCACCUCACCGAUUACGCUUCAUUCUCGCAACGUGAGGAUUUAUUCACAGGUGGAUUGUCUGCUUCUGUGACAUCAUCAUGUUGUCAUAAUGACCCUAUGACAUCAGAAACAUCCGUUCGUCUUUCGUCUCAUUGCUUGGAACGAAACUUGGAACAAAUGUUCCAACUUUGGGCGGAAUUAUUCAACGAAGUAAAUUUAAACGAUGCAACAAGAUUACAGACUCUGAUUCGUCAACGAGCGCAGAAUUUAGCCAAUGGCGUUGCGUUUAGUGGUCACAUGUUUGCCAUGGCGAGCGCUGCCAUGAAUCUAGCUCCCUCUGCUGGAUAUUCUGAGAAGUUCGGAGGGUUGACGCAAGUUAACUUGAUGAAGAAGGUUGCCGAUAGCAACGACAUCGAUGAUGUCAUAAUGAAGUUGAACCAAAUAGCUUCGUACAUGUUACGCAUCAAUAAACGCGAUGUUCCGAGGUUUGCACUUCACGCUACACCCAGCGCAUUGUCUUCCACUAUGACAUCACUGGAGAAGUUUGUUGACAACAUAAAGCACGCAGAUGAAGGGCUGAAGUCACAAAAUGAACUUAUUACGCAACACAAAGCAACUUACUGCGAGCAAGAUGAAACUGAUUUCAGAUCCAGAGUUAAAUGGAAUCAUUUUAAAGAUUUAAUUCCUAAAUCCACGAGGACCCUCCAUCAGCUUCCACUCCCAGUCAACUUUGCUUCCAUGUGUAUUCCAACAUAUGCUCCUUAUUCUCACACUGAUAACCCAACAUUGAGGAUUCUAGGAAGACUUAUGACAACCAAGUUCCUCCAUAAACAUAUCCGAGAAAUGGGCGGGCAUAUGGGGGCGGGCAAAAUAUUUAAACAAACCUGA